UAAUUUACUCGAAGCACUUUUUGUCUAUAAAAUGGAAUUCUAAGUUUUUUUUCAUGAACUUUUUUUUAUAAUUUUACUGCAAAACGCAAAUGCAACUUGGCGUGGAACCAGUGCAAUAAGUACUUGCCAGAUGGAGCGCAAGGCGCACUUUCGACAGCCCACAGGUCACUUUCUGACUCCGCAGUCCGCAGUUCGCACGUGAAAUCCGAUCCCCUAGACAAGCUCAUCGUGUGCUGGUCUUGCGUCGCGAAUAGUAGUUUAUUUCACUAUGAUAGUGAUAAUUAUAUGUUAAUUAUUCGUGAACUUGACUCGAAGAUUUUGUACCUCUUGUGGGUGUUCUGAGUCUUUGAACUCAGGUAGGGUAACACGAAAACACAACCGCGUUAGUUUAGUGCUCGUUUACUUCGUCGCGUUGACAGUGAGAACAUUAGCCCAUCAAUUAUGGGCGAUUUGUUCGACCUCGCGGGUCUUAUAACAAGAGUAGGUGUAGACGCGGUGAAGAUCAAACCUGAGCCGGGUCUACCCGAAAAAUCAUCUAACGAGAUUCUAACCGAAUUGUUUAGCACGUUUGAUGGAGUUGAUGUCAACACGAGCAGCAGUAGUAGCAGCAGCGACGAGGAUGACAACGACGACGAUAACAACAAGAAGGACGACGCCGGAGCCGAAGCUGAUGCUGAUGAUGCUGAAAAAGUUAAUGGCAACGACGAUGAUAAAGACGUUGACGAUAAAAAACGAAAAAGAAAAGAUAGUCUCAGCAGUACUGGUAAAAAGAAGAAGAAGAAGAAGAAACAUAAACACAAGCAUGAUGACAAGGAUAAAGAGAAAAAGCACAAACAUAAAAAAAAAUCAAAGGAUGACGAUGAUAAUAGCCCCAAAAAGAGUAAGAAAAAAAAGAAAUCUAAACACAAGAGUGAAUCAGACCUUUUGUCUGAUUCCGGAGAACCAAAGAUCAAAAAAAUAAAAGUAGAAAAAGAUGCAGACACAGAAAAAAAGAGUAGACAUAAAAAAAGUCACUCAAAAAAAGAUAUUGAACCUAUUAAAAUCAAAGAAGAAAAAAAGGAUCCAAAAGAGGAUGAAACGAAUGUUGAAAGGCAAGAGGAAAUUGUUUCAUCACCUUUUUCUGCUAUACCUAAAAAAUUAACUGAAGAUUCUGAAGCACCAGAAGUACCUAAACUACUUGAAAAAACAUCAACGAAGCCUACUAUUAUGAAAAUCAUGAUAAAAGAUCUCAAGAACAGCGAAGUGUUCAAUAAUACAGUAAAAAAAGUUGAGGAAGAAAAAAAAGAAAAAGCCGACAAACUAGAAGAAGGCGAAAUCACAGAUAGUGAUGAUGAAGAUAAAAAUAACAUGCGUACUCCAUCACUAAGUCCUAGUCCUGUAUCUCAUAGAAGAUAUUCACGAAGUCCUCGAAGACAAAGCAGAACUCGUGAUCUUCGUAAUUUAUUAAAAGAAAAAGAAAAGAUAAAACGGAUCAGUAGUCAUAGAUCUAGAUCAAGAAAUGGAGAUCGACAUGCCAGAUCACGUAGUCCUAUUAGAAGUCGAUACGGUCGAGGUCGGAGUAGAGAUCGACGAAACAGUUUCAGAAAUGAUUCAGAUAGAUAUGUUAGAGAUCGAGAUAACAAAUUCAGUCAUAGCGAGGACAGAAGUAAACCUAGAGGAAGAAGUAGAAGCAGAGAAAGAAAAGAGAGAAUUGAAAUUGAUAAAAAGAAGCUUUUAGAAAUAGCCAGACGCAAUGCUAUUAAUAUGAUUAAAAAAGGAAAGCUAUCUUUGCCUCAACAAGAUAAAGCAAUUGCUGCCAUAAAAUCUGGAGGAAAAACUGUUGAGGAAUUGACAGAUUACUGUAAAACGCUUUCAAAAUCAGAAGCUCUGGGAGAACUUUCGAGUAUAUCUUCAGGCGAUGAGAGCGGUGAUGAUAAAGGUUUCCAACAUCCAUUUUUAUUAAAAGAUAAACCUAGUUCUAUUAUAAUGAAUAUUCGGGACUCAAAGCAACUACCAACAAAAACAAUGCUAGAAAAAUCGACUGAAGCGCAAACACAAUUACGAUUGCAAUACCCUGUGUCCAGUGGUCAACAACACAGAAAAAAUGAAAAAGAGUGGGUACCAGUACCAACCAAACCGAAAAAUUCUAAACAAAAAAAGCCGGAACCAAAAAAAAUGUUUAUUCCUGCAAAAGAAGUGCUACACAAUAAACCUUUACCUUUGGUUGUACCUCCAAUGUCUGAACAAAUCACUGCUCAACAAAUGCAACAAGCUUCUGCCGCUGCUGCAGCUAUAAAUGCAGAAGUGGGUUCCUUUGACCCAAAUACUCAGAAUCCUUAUUUACAUUACAAUGCUAUGGUACCUGUUCCGUAUGAUCCUAUGGCGGCUCAAGCUGCUAUGUACAAUCAACCUGUACCACAACCACCUAUGUAUGACUCUUCGAUUGCUCAACAAAUGGUGCCUCCAAUGCCUAUAGCUGCAGUUGAUCCAAAUGUUAAUUCAGCUUAUGUUGCUGGUGGAGAAGCAUAUGCCCAAGCUCAAUGUGCACAAACACAGUAUGCCUCAGACAAAGACCACCCAGUCACAGAAGUACCAAAUACUGAAUCACAAGAACAUAAUACUUCUAUCUUUCCUGAGCCCCCAGCAGAACCUCUUGAUAUCAGUGCUAUUGUUUCACAACGACUCGCAGCUAUGCGAAAAUUAUCAGAAAAUCCCAAUGACUCUCAAGCAUUAAAAGAAAUGUAUCAAGCGCAAAAUGGGAUGCAAACUUGGGUAGAAAGUAAGCAAAUUCCUGGUCAAUUUACUGGGAGUACCGGCGUUAAAGUUCUUACACAAGCUGAACUUAAUUCUGGUUACCAAGCUUGGGCUCGCAAGGAUCAACUGCAAACUGCUCAACCUGUAGCAGGCGGCAUGGGUAUGCAUCUGCUUCAAAAAAUGGGUUGGAGGCCCGGAGAAGGUCUAGGAAAAAAUAAAGAAGGUACUCUGGAACCAUUGAGCUUAGAGGUAAAAUUGGAUAAGCGGGGUUUAGUUACGGAUCAAGAUAUUCCACAACAGGCGCGUCCUGGAAUCAAAAAGAAAGAAGUCAUUCCCAGUUUUAAAUCUUUAGAAGGUAAACAUCCAGUUUCCCUACUUGGAGAAUUUUGCUCAAAACGGAAGUACUGUGCUCCUUUAUAUGAAAUUUGUUUUGAGAGUGGCCCAGAUCAUAAGAAGAACUUCGUAUUUAAGGUAACAGUUAAUGGGGUGGAAUACAAACCUGCUGUUGCAAGUCCAAAUAAAAAGUUAGCUAAAGCUGAAGCAGCACAAGUUUGCCUGCAAUCAUUGGGCCUUUUACCAAGCAGUCAAAAUUAAAUAUUUUAGACUGAUAUUUCUAAUAAAAAAAAUUGUACAUAAGAACAGUAUUUGUAAAUAUGAGUUAGAUAUAAAAUGAUAUAAUUCUGCUAGGAGUAUUUUAAUUCACUUAAUUAUUUAAUUAAACCCACUGCUCAACCCAUACUGCAGCAAAAUUAAAAUACUCUUAGUGUGCUGUGUGACUUAUUUGUCAUAUAAAAUAUGGAAAAUGAAUCAAAUACACAACUUAAAUUUU